UAAAUCCAAACCUAAUAAUUCUGUGCUUUCUUUCAUACUCUAUACCGACUUAAACCACCCAUAAACGACUCCGGCUACACAAAACGAGUCAAUAUAGACUCCCACUCGUCUAGAAGGUAUUUUAUAACUAGCUUGUAUUUACGUUUAUUUUACUUAUCUUUAGGUGUUUGUUGGAAACAGUGAUCAAGACACCGUGGUAAAACAUCCUUUGAUUCCUCCAAUCGAAGCGCGAUACAUCAGACUGAUACCCACAGCAUGGAAUCACCACAUCUCCAUGAGGAUAGAGCUCUACGGAUGUUUUGAGUGUCUGGCUCCGUUGGGAAUGGAAAACUUUAAAAUAACUCCCACACAGAUAACAGCGUCGUCUCAAUAUAGUGGAAGUCAUAUCCCAAACUAUGGAAGACUACACUACAAGGGUAAUGCCGGCGCGUGGUCAGUAAAAGUGAGAGAUCUACAUCAGUGGAUUCAAAUCGAUUUUGGAAUUGAGACAACUGUCAGUUAUGUGGCAACUCAAGGAAGGCAUAAUAUCGAGCAGUGGGUGACCCAAUACAAAUUACAGUACAGCAACGAUGGAAAUUCAUUUCAGGUUUUAAAACAGCACGGAGAGAAUGCAGAUAAGGUGUUUGUUGGAAACAAUGAUUCUGACACCGUGGUAAAACAUCACUUAACUCCACCAAUCAAAGCACGAUACAUCAGACUGACACCAACAGCAUGGAAGGGCCACAUCUCCAUGAGGAUGGAACUCUACGGUUGCCUUGACGUUAUAAAAGCUCUUGGUAUGGAAAGCGGUGCUAUUGCAGACUCGCAAAUAACUGCUUCUUCAGAAUAUGAUAUUUACCACAACCCUAAGCGAGCGAGAUUGCAUACCAAGGAAGCUGGACUCGGAAUAGGGACUGGCGCCUGGACAAGUUUGGCAAAUGAUUUGAACCAAUGGCUUCAAGUUGAUCUUGGUAAAAUCACGCCUGUGACACAUGUGGCUACACAGGGAAGGAAUACCUGGUCUCCUGCACAGAUGGUAACGAAGUACAAGUUGCAGUUUAGCGACGAUGAAGUAUCAUUCUUGUUUUACAAGAGACAAGGAGAAUCUUCAGACGCAGUUUUCGAUGGCAAUAUCGACCGCGACACCGUUGUCUAUCACCAUCUAAAUCCAGCAAUCACUGCACGUUUCUUACGAAUAAAACCAACAGCAUGGCAGACUCAUAUCGUUAUGAGGAUGGAGCUCUACACUUAUCCAGAUACGUAGUCUUGCAAUGAGAAGGACAUAUUUCUUGCAGAGCAUGCGCGCUACCACACAGGCCGCUGGAGAUUAGCUGGGUACUGGAUCGAUGGAACUAUAAGCCAAAUCGGAGUUUCAAGAAUUAGUGCACUGUACAUGCGUUGUUAUCCCUAAUUUAUUUUCCUCUUUUGUUAUUUAGGAAAGAAAACAAAAAAAGAGAUUCAAUUAAGGAUAAGAAUGCAAGCACAGUGCUCUAAUUCUUGAAAUUUUCGAUUUGGCCUAUUUUGCUAGUGCAAUUUUCUGUUGUUAGCAAAGUACUUCCCAAUCAUUGGCAAACAUGCUGAUAUUUAAAACAUUAUAAUACAUUAAAGACAUCCUUGAUUUUUAAACGCAAGCGUGAGUCUGGUGACUUCUAUUUUAUUACAGAAUUGAAAUUAACAUUUAAAAAUGCUUUUUUGUGCCACGUUUAAACAAAUUUUGGGAAAGGCGUUAAGAGUAACUUUCAUUUUUUCGAAAAAUUCGGGUGACUCUUAACCCGAUCCACAAUUUUAAGUAAAAGAAAACGAACUUAGAAAAACAGCGACUUUCAUAUCUAAUGGCUCGCGUUAUAUUUGGGUUUCUGUCCUAGUCUUCGCACUGGAGACACGAAGACGACGGCAGCGACAACUCGCUGAACAAAAGGGGUUAUAAGUAGAACAAUAGCUGUGCUCGUGCGUUAUAAAUCUUUGCAUAGUUCUUUGCCGUUCUCUGCAAAA